UGUCCGUGCAUAUGUCUAGGAUACCCUCAAAAUUAGGUCAUGGUCUCAAUUGAUUGGAUGCAUUUAUAGAUUUUAAGGAGAAAACUUGAAUCUUUUCCCGUCAGUUAUACUAUACAUCAUUUAAAUUUUAAGCCUACAGCUAAAUAAUGUACAUUUCAUAUGUUAAGCUCAAUGGAAGCAUGAAUUUGUACCAAAAAAAAAAAAAUGGAAGCAUGAAACAACUCAUUAUAUAAUAUAAGGCAAUUUCUGUGGUGCCCGCAACUUUUUUAUGGGUAGCGUACAGGAAUUGCUUGGACCAAUAACAUUAUUUCAUUUGUUUCGAUUUUUUUAAAUCCGGAAUAAUAGCAGUAGCCUUUCGUAAAUCAUGAAUUUACCCCCUAACUUCAUUUAUUUAUAAGUUGGUCCCUUAGCUAAGGUAAAAGAAAACAAAAGCUAAGUUAAAAAGAUCUUGGAGGUAAUUUACAUUCUGGGUUCGUGAAAGAUUAGAUUAGGGUUCAUGAGAUAGGUUUUGUUCCUGAAGUCACCUAGAUUGAUUUCCUGAUUUCAUUUCAUCUAUUUGAACUGUCGUCUUCGGUAGCCUUUGGUUUGUGUGAUUUCGAGGGUUUCACAGGUGAUUCUUCUUCGACUGUGCUUUCACUGAUGAAUUUGGUUGUGCUCGUCUGUGUCGCUGUAAGAUUUUGAUACGGGUGUUUCGAUUUGUACACUACUCUAUUGAGCAGGGAUCGAAGUUGUCUGUGGACAUUUGCGGCUACCUGAACUGAGUUGGGAAAAUGAAUGAUUCUUCAGGAGAUAAUUGGCUUAAUCCGUUUGAUGACGAGCUUUAUAUCAUCGAUGAGGAUGAUAGUCUAAAUUCUAGCCCUGCCAACGGUUUGAAGCAGGGUGUGAAUGAAGGGGAUAAUGAUGGGGAAAAUUUUGUGGAUGUCGAUGAGAUGUUUGAAACUGGAAAUGACAGUCAAAAAAACUCUGAUGUAGAAGUUAAAGUCAUGAAAAGGAUUACUGAAUUGUCUGCAGACGACAUUAGAGGGAUGGAUUUCUCUUCUGAGGAGGAAGCAUGUGAAUUCUAUUCUAAAUAUGCUCGUAUCCGUGGAUUCUCUCCAAGAAAAGAUGAUGUAUACAAGGAUGAUGAUGGCAAGAUUAUCUCACGACAGGUGGUGUGCAAUAGGGCUGGACAAAGGCAUCAGAAGCAUAUGCAUAAUAGUGGCAGAAGAAAACAACCUAAGCCUAUUACUAGAGUGGGUUGCCUUGCUAUAAUUCGAUUUCGUUGUUUUUCUAGCAGUAAAAGGUGGAAAGUGGUUUUUUUUUGCGAUGAACACAAUCACCCAUUAACACCAUAUAAGCAUGUUCAUUUGAUUCCAAAAUUCCGGCAAUUGAGUGAAGGGGACAAAGCUCAAGCAGAAGGUAUGAACCUAUUUGGUGUGAGGACCCGCAAUAUUAUGGAGGUGAUGAUGGGCCAAAAAGGUGGGGCUGAGUCCGUAGGCUUUACCGGCAAGGACUUGGCCAACCACCUAGACAAGCAAAAAAGGAAAAGAGUCAAAGAUGGUGAUGCAGUUGCGGCGCUGUCCUAUUUACAAGGAAAACUUGACAGUGACCCACUAUUUUUCUUCAAGUACAACAAAUCGGAACAAGGUAAUCUCCUUAACUUGCUAUGGUGUGAUGGAACCAGUAGAAUGGAUUAUAACGUGUUUGGAGAUGUGGUUGCCUUUGAUAGCACAUACAAGAAGAACAAGUAUAACAAACCUCUUGUGAUUUUUUGUGGAUACAAUCACCACAAGCAAACAACUAUCUUUGCUGCUGCACUUGUUCAUGAUGAGAAAACUGAGACUUUCAUAUGGGUUUUGGAAACCUUGACUGAAGCAAUGUUUAACAGGCAUCCUAAGGUGGCGGUUACAGAUGGAGAUCUAGCAAUGAAGGAAGCUAUUAGAGUUGUGUGGCCGAAUACCACGCAUCGUCAAUGUGCAUGGCACAUUCACCAGAAUGCUUUGAAAAAUAUUAGAAAUCUUGAUUUUGCAGAUGAAUUCAAGUUAUUUGUGUACGCUAACUUAAACCCUGACAAGUUUGGAGAGAAGUGGGAUAAACUGGUUGAGAAAUAUGGUAUAGCCAACAAUCCAUGGAUUGAUACGAUGUAUGAGACAAGAGCUUCUUGGGCAAGCACCUUCAUGCAAGACAAAUUUUUUGCCGGUAUUAGGUCGACAUCCUUAUGUGAAGGUAUUAACUCAUUCAUAAAGAAUUAUCUGCAUUGUAAGUGUUCUUUGUUGGAUUUUCUUUUCAAUUUUGAGCGGGCUAUGAAGAAAUACAGGCACAAUGAGUUGGAAUCUGAUUUUAAGUCUUCUUAUGGUGAGCCUGUUAUGACAACUGCACUUAGUGGCAUUGAGUAUGGAGCUGCCAAAAUAUUAACAAGGAGCAUGUUUUGGGAAGUCAAGGGUCAAAUUGAAGAUGCCCUGGGGCUAAAUGUGGAGCGUUCUGAGGUGGCCAAUAUUGUGAUGAUGAAAAUGAGAAAAAUUAGCAAUCGCAGAAAAGAAUAUAUUGUUGUUUAUGAUAAGAACCAGAAAAAGUUUGUAUGUGAAUGUGGUUAUUUUGAGUUUUAUGGCAUCCCUUGUUCUCAUAUAAUAGAUGGGAUGAGAAGUGAGUAUAUUGAUGAAUUUCCAAGCAAUCUAGUUUCUAAGAGGUGGUUGAAAACAGCCAAGUCUGCUCAUGUGUAUUCAAUUUCAGAGCCUAGUAUUCAUUCACAGAAUAUGAAAUUGUUGCGAAAAGGAGCUAUGUCUGCCGCAUGCAACUAUCUCGCAUAA